GUCUGACCCAGCUCAGCAACCUGCUCCCGGGGCCCCAGAAGGGGGAACCCCCGGUGGGGGAACCCCCGGUGGGGGGCCCCCCGGGCCACCCCCCAAUCUGAGCAGUAACCGUCGGCUGCAGCAGACGCAGGCCCAAAUGGAGGAGGUGGUUGAUAUAAUGCGUGUAAAUGUAGACAAGGUGCUGAAACGAGAUGAGAAACUGUCAGAGCUAGAUGACCGGGCAGAUGCACUUCAGGCUGGUGCCUCAGUAUUUGAAAGUAGUGCAGCAAAACUCAAAAGGAAGUACUGGUGGAAGAACUGCAAGAUGAUGAUCAUGAUGGGAGUGAUUUGUGCCAUUGUGGUGGUGGUGAUUGUAAUCUACUUUUUUACUUGAAUGUAGCUCCUUCAGUCUGCAAACUACUGUCCCCCUGUCACCUUGCCUGUCUCUUCUUGCCCCUGAAUCUUGCCUUCCCUUCCUUUCCACCUAGCUUCUUCAUUGAUUUCUUUAUUGGUUUUAAUUUGUCUUCUGUAUAGGACUCUGAAGCGCUCUACUGAAUAUGGUUAGACUCUUCAACAGCUGCUGCAGCUUUAGGGAGGGUCAUCUGAGUUUAGAGGAAAUGGAAAUAGAGGAGGAGUGGGGAGCUAUUGUUCCUGCUCUUCUGCAGGGAAUUUUUGUGGUUUAUUUUUGGGUGCGAGCUUGUCAAAUAGUGCCUGUAUGGACUCUAGCAAAAUACGAAUGCCUUAAUGCAGUGCCUUUGGGGAUGAAGGACUUCAGCAUGUGAGAUUCUUUAGUGUUCUGCCUAAAAAGAGUGGCAGCAUGACUUAAGCUUUUCAUUGAGCUCCUGAAAUAAAGGCUAGUUUGUGUUGGUCAGUGACUGUGAGCCAUCUGACUGAGCUGGAUGUAGUCAUCCAGAUUUUUCUAGCCAUGGAGAGAUGAGCACUUAAAGAAACAAUUUAUUCUGC